AUGUCGGAAGCUCGAGGGAGGUCACAUGACCCGACAUCCCGAAUCUUUGCGCCUCUCCGGGAUGCUCCACGAUUUUGCCAGAGAGACCAGUCCCAACCUCAGGCGAUCCGCAAAACCGUACUCCGAGGCAUUAUAUCGAACCCUCUCCUCUCCUGCGUCCACCACCCACCCCCAGCCGCCACAAUGACUUCUCUUAUCUCAAAGAAGCUCGCUGAUGGCAUCCUCGCUCGCCCCUUCCUGAAGAGCAUCUUCGUCCCCUUCUCCAACUGGUACGCCAACGCUGCCGGCCACCGCAAGCUCGGCUUGAGAUUCGACGACCUUUUCGAGGAGGAGACCGAUAUCGUCCAGAAGGCCCUCAAGCGCCUCUCCCCCAAGGAGUCUUACGACCGCGUCUUCCGCAUCCGCCGCGCCGUCCAGCUCUCCUACCAGCACAAGCUCCUGCCCAAGAGCGAGUGGACCAAGCCUGAGGAGGACUACCCUUACCUCGGACCCAUCAUCCAGCAGAUCCAGGCCGAAGAGGCCGAGAAGCUGGCCUUCGAGACGAUGGAGGUCCAGAAGAAGCACCACUAAACGAAGCCUCUCUGGUGGGGGGCACACGUUGACCGUGGAGGAGCGAAGCCGCGCGCACGAUGCUGUAAAAGUAUUAGGGACGAAUGGAACCGCCUGGCCAGGGCGCGCGACUGAAAUCUAGACCAGGGGGUUAGAACCAAGGCCAGGCGGUUCGUGUACCUUAUGUAUAGACCUCGGGGGGGUUCUUGCCUGUCAAUUGGAACUCACUGCUACAGAUAUAGGUUCCGCCGCGCUCGAAUAGCACCAAUUGACGACUCUUUUUUUUUGCGUUUUGAUAUUUAUAGUCUCGCGGCCCUCUCGCCCC